AUGGCGGAUUCGGAACCAGCCGGUGGUGGACGCGGAGGUUUUCGUGGUGGAUUCGGUGGCCGAGGCCGUGGAAGGGGCCGAGGUCGGGGCCGAGGACGCGGUCGUGGAAGGGGUAAAGCAGAUGACAAAGAGGUAAAAAGUCUUAUUUUAUGUCUGUUACAAGGAUAGAAUCACCUUGAUUUGAUUCUCCACCCGGGGUUAGUUGUGGGAGGGUACUCCACAAGUUUGUUUUUUGUUUUUAUAUCUUGCUUCUUUUGCUGUCCAGUAUGACUGGAGCACAAGGAUCCUAUGUAGAUCUUAGUAGGACGUGAACAAUCGAUGAAAAUCGAUGAUCGGAAAAUCAAUCGAUCAAUCGAUUAAUUGCUGUUGAUUAGCAUUGAUUGGCAUCAGCCAAUCGAUGAUCAAUCGAUAAUCGCACUUGGGUGGUAGCGAACUUCAUCGACUCCCAUUGAUUGAUAUUGAUAAUCGAUGAUGAUGAAUAAUCGCAAAAAUUUUCGUCAUCGAUUGUCCAUCGAUUAUCAAUAUCAAUCGAUUAAUUGAUAUCGAUUGUCAUCGAUUGUUAUCGAUUGCCAUCGAUUAUCGAUUUCAUCGAUUGUUCACAUCCUGUCUUAGGGGUAAGAGGAUUCUUUGUGGGGGUAAAAACCAUUUUCGUGAUUCCAUCAAUUUCUUUAAAAAUCAAAAAAGCAUCUGUUCCUUGCUUAAUCAGUCUCAGUUUGUGAACAAUUAUCUUGGAUCUGGCAAAAUACAGGAACAAGGGCUAGAUUACCUACAGAGUUGUAUUUGUGCUUACCUACAGAGUUGUAUUUGUGCUUUGCUUCUGAUGAGGAUUAUGGUAUCGUUUUCAGGCAAAACAUGUAUUAUUUUUACAUCUGUUAUUUCUGAAUCGUGUCUUAUUUUUAGUGGGUUCCAGUGACCAAACUUGGUCGCUUGGUCAAGGAUAUGAAGAUCAAAACCUUGGAACACAUCUACCUCUUCUCUCUUCCCAUUAAGGUAAAUAUCAUUGAUUUUAUUUGUUAGGUCAUAAUGACACUGUCUGAGUGUGAAACAAUUUACUCUAUUAUACCGACUCAGUUAAUUCACUUGUCUCUUACAGGAGCAUGAGAUCAUUGAUUUCUUUCUUGGAUCUGCCCUGAAAGAUGAGGUACUGAAAAUCAUGCCGGUACAGAAACAAACCAGGGCAGGACAGCGUACACGUUUUAAAGCCUUUGUUGCCAUUGGCGACAGCAAUGGCCAUGUGGGUCUUGGUGUCAAAUGCUCUAAAGAAGUGGCUACAGCCAUCCGUGGGGCUAUCAUCCUUGCUAAGCUGUCUGUCAUUCCAGUUCGUCGUGGCUACUGGGGUAACAAGAUCGGUCAACCCCAUACUGUCCCUUGCAAGGUACGUUUAUUAAUUGCUGUGUUGAUUGCUCAGUUUCUCUCGUAAAAUAUUUUUGGGAAUGUUUUUUAGCUUAGGAGCCACCAGCCUGAUAACAGAGUCAAAAUUAGUGACUGCUCCCUUAAUAUUCUCAAACUCUAUUUAUUUAUUUAUUUUUUGAAGCUGAAAUAUUAACAUACCCCAGCUCGACAUCCAUUCAUGGGACGCUUACCUUUGUCCCGAGGGCGUCCUCUUAAUAGUUAUCAUUUGUAAACAAAGAAGAUUAGAUUGUUGAUUACGUCAUUUGCUUGAGAAUCAUCCUAUGUCACAUUCAAAAAACUGUGAACACCUGCAAUGUUUUUAGAAUUGAUCAUUCUGUCGAUUGCAACCAAUCUUAUUAAUUAGUUUUUAGACAUCCCAACAAACCACAAUAGCCGGUCUCACUUUAAUCAUUUUAGGUGACCGGUAAAUGUGGCUCAGUACGUGUACGUCUGAUCCCCGCACCCAGAGGAACUGGUAUUGUGUCUGCUCCAGUCCCUAAGAAGCUGCUUCAGAUGGCUGGUAUUGAGGAUUGUUAUACCUCAGCUCGUGGACAGACUGCUACCCUGGGGAAUUUUGGUGAGUCACAUAGCUUCUUAUGCAAAGACUGCAGUUGAUAGAUUCAUGUAUAUAAAUAUGAUGUUUUCAGAGCCUGACCACUUACUUAAUUAACGUGAGUCUUGAUAUUUCAAAGUGGUGCCCAGUUUUUUGAAACAAUAAGAAUAUUUUGACACCCAUCACUGCCACAGAUUUACCUUCACACAUUUUCCAAAAAGUGACCAACCCUGACCAACCUUAAGGAUUAAGAAGCUGUUGCAGAAAUUUGGGUACAGCUUCGUGCCCUACACUUUGUUAGUCAUAGGUGAGGUUUCUCUUGGAGAGUGCGCAAGUUCUGCAAAUCUCUUGUGUCCAAGAAAGACACUGCUUUGAUUUGUCUGUAGACAAUUGGAAAUUAACAUUGAAAAACAGGUGUAAUCAACAAGGUAUUUGUUUGAUUUGUGUUUUUUCAGCCAAAGCAACCUUUGCGGCUAUCUCCAAGACAUACUCCUACUUGACACCAGACAUGUGGAAGGAGUCUGUGUUUACCAAGGCCCCAUACCAGGAGUUUACAGACUUCCUGGCUAAGAACCACACUGGACAACGUGCAGCUGCCAAAGAACAGGCUCUUAAGUAG